AUGGGCCCAGAGAGAUUUACAUAUAAUAGAGCAAGCCUUCAAGCUGCUUUUGUCAAGGAAAUGGAACGAGAGGGAUGGUUGGGGUUGAUCGCCAUACGUUAUAACGACGUACGCGAUGGAACUACUUCAUCAGCCAUGGUUCUUGAACAGUAUCGAGCUGCAUGGGAAGGGAAGGGCAUGCUUCAAGAAAACAGUCUCUAUAUUGACUCGUUUUCCCCCAAGCAGGAUCGCAAGCGGCAUGCGAGAGAUGUCGGAUUCACAGCUUGGUAG